UGAACAUCAUUAGAUGCAUUAUAAUUUUACACUCAUGUACAAAGAUGACUUUUUUUUUUCCUUACAAUAUACAGCUUGCAUGUUAGUCAAUGAUUUUUUGGUCCUCCUUUCAUGGUUGAUAGGUUACAAGAAAAUAACAUUUUUGUUAUUGUUCUUGAAGAAUCAACGAAUAGAAGCAAGGCUAAUUAAGUUUGAUAAGUUAAGGGGACACAGUAAGCAGUGAAUGUACUACAAGGAAACUCUACUGACCGUUGAAUAAAAACGAUCUAAUUCUGUGGCCAAGCAAAAUCUUAAUCGAACACCAACGUUGCUACAAUUUUUUCCACAUUUCACAUUCAAAUUUCUUCCAAACCUUCUCUGACUAGUCUUACAAAAGAUCGAAUCAUUUUUCAUGGAAAAUGUGUGUGGCUGUGUGUGAUCACAUUGAAUAUAAAUACCAGCUCAGUGACUCUUCAAACUUGGUUGUUGGUGUUACUUUAAUACCUUAUUUCUGGUUCUAAAUUCUAGAAAAAGAAACGUUCAUUUAGAAUCUUCAAAAGAUUCUCAUUCCUCAUAGGCAGGAAUAGGAUUCAAACCCUCAAUGAAUCUCUUGUUCUUUUCCCUCAUUGACUUUGACGUAACAUAGUGUUUAUAGAUGAAGACACACAAGGCGUUUGUCCAGGGCCUCAGAGAAGCAUACCUUGCAUUCAGCCAUGGCCUCCGUUGUGCCAGUGGCCUACCUAGGCAGCAACACAUCGACCGUGGUGCCGGACUGGCUAAACAAGGGCGACAACGCAUGGCAGAUGAUCUCCGCUGCAUUAGUCGGCAUGCAAGGCAUGCCAGGCCUUGUGCUCUUGUAUGCAGGUAUUGUCAAGAGGAAAUGGGCACUAAACUCUGCCUUCAUGGCUCUUUAUGCCUUCGCUGCUGUCAUGCCCUGCUGGGUCCUCUGGGCCUACAAGAUGGCCUUUGGCCGGAAACUUAUUCCGUUUUGGGGAAGGGCAGGGACUGCGGUGGCACAAGACUAUCUUGUACCACAGGCAUUACUACCUGCCACCCUGCAUUAUAAUUCAACCGGUGGUGUCGAAACUGCAGCAGUGCAACCAUUCUAUCCAAUGGCCUCCAUGGUAUUCUUCCAGUUUGCCUUUGCAGCGGUAACGGUGAUGCUACUUGCAGGAGCUGUUCUUGGCCGGAUGAGUGUCAAGGCUUGGAUGGUGUUUGUGCCACUUUGGCUGACAUUUUCAUACACUGUAGGAGCUUUUAGUAUCUGGGGUGGUGGCUUCCUCUUCCACUGGGGCAUCAUGGACUACUCUGGAGGUUAUGUUGUUCACUUAGCUUCUGGAGCAGCAGGAUUCACUGCAGCAUAUUGGGUUGGCCCGAGGAAAAAGAAGGACAGGGAAGACUUCCAGCCGAACAAUAUCCCUCUGACGCUCGCCGGAGCCGGGAUCUUAUGGAUGGGAUGGACAGGUUUUAAUGGCGGUGAUCCGUUCUCAGCAAACGUUGACUCAUCUAUUGCAGUACUGAACACCCAUAUCUGCGCUGCCACCAGCCUCUUGAUCUGGACUUGCUGGGAUGUUGCCAUCUUCGGCAAGCCAUCACUCAUUGGAGCCAUCAACGGGAUGAUUACCGGACUUGUUUGUAUAACUCCUGCUGCAGGUCUUGUGCAGAGCUGGGCAGCCAUUGUGAUGGGGAUAGUCUCUGGUAGUGUACCAUGGUACACAAUGAUGUACCUGAACAAAAAGUCAAAGUUGCUACAGAGAAUUGAUGACACUCUUGGCAUCCUGCACACCCAUGCCAUUGCCGGAAUCCUCGGCGGGGCAAUGACCGGUCUCUUUGCACACCCUGAUCUCUCAAGCAUGUUCCUACCCGUAACUAACUCCAAGGGAGCCUUCUACGGUGGACCCGGCGGUGUUCAAUUCCUGAAACAGCUUGUUGGUGCCUGCUUCAUUGUGGGUUGGAACAUUGUGGCCACAUCCAUCAUCCUGCUUGUCAUUAGAUUUUUUAUACCUUUGAGGAUGUCGGAAGAAGAGCUGCAAAUCGGCGAUGAUGCAGUUCAUGGAGAAAUAGCUUAUUCAACAACACAUACACAUGAAACAGAACACAGCAGUAUGCCGAAUGGCACCUCUCAUCGAGACCUCGAGAAUCAAGCUCUUUAAGGAAGUUCACAAGAACCAGUUGAAUACAAGAACUAUGAAGUCGUGUACAAGUCAUCCCUAUUCUUUAUAUCUUUAGGGUUUUGGAAGUAAAAUAAUAUAGCAGCAAAAGGCCAAAAAAAAA